AUGGCAGCUGUGGCAUAUGAUGUGGCUGCAUUGCACCUUAGGGGUCAAUCUGCACACCUUAAUUUUCCACAAUUGGCACCUAGUCUUCCCCGUCCAACUGGCACAACUCCUGAAGAUAUAAGAUUGGCAGCCCAACAGGCGGCUUCAGCCUUUGCCGGGAGAUCAUGGGAUGGCUCCAGGAUGGGGAGUACUUCUGCUGCGGCCGAUCAAGGGCCGGUGACAGUAGGACUGUCGCCAACACAAAUUCAGGCCAUAAAAGAGUCACCUUUGGACUCACCAAAAAUGGGGAAUGCACUACUAAUGUUGGAAGAAUCUAUAUUUAUCACUAACGAAUAUGAGAUGAGCGAUUGUGAAGAGGAAACCGAUGACCCGCUUUGGGGGCCCUAG